UAUACAACCCCAACUUCUUUCUAACCACAAAUAAACUGCUAAAGUACACAACUUCCUUACUUUCUCUUCUCUCCAGUGAUUACUAUUUAGUAUUUACUAGCAGAUUGUUGUACUUUCUUUUGAACAAGAAAGUAGAAAGAUGGCAGAAGCUGUACUUAAGAUUUUCUCAGCAGUUUUCUUCUUCUUCCUUAUUUGUCAACAGGGUUACAGUUAUAAAUGUGGUGUAUCAAACAUCAAAGUAACAACAAAAAGAACAGGAACAACAGUAGAAGGUCAACCACAAUAUGCAGUAACCAUAACCAAUAACUGUCCAUGUGCUCAAUCUAGAGUUUACUUGAGAUGCCUUGGUUUCAGCACUGUGCAGCCUGUUAAUCCAAGGGUCUUUAAGGUGAAGGGUGACAGUUGUCUGCUCAAUAAUGGCCGUCCGAUUGUCAGUGGCAGACCAGUCAGCUUCAAGUAUUCUUUCUUACAACCAACUGAUUUGGUUCCUCAAAGAUCUGAGAUCUCCUGUUGAUCUUCUCUUACCCUUUAGAAACACGACGUAACUAUAUUUACUCACUUGGUAGAUUAUCCACUUCUAAUCCAAUAGAUCGUCAAAAUAUAAUUGUUAACGUUGAGUUGGACUUCACUCACUCUACGUUAAAUUUUAUUAGUAGUGGGUAGUUUAUCCACUGAGUCAACCAAGUUUUAUCUUGAGAAACACACAGAUUUCUUUUUCUUUACUUGUUUUUCUUUGUUAAUGUUGUUAAAUUGAAGUGCAGCAUAGGAGAUGUUUGGAAGUUGCAUCCCCUGCAUUCAAUGCAAAAAAUAGAUUACAUGAGGAAACUGUUUGUCUUAUUUGUAUUUAGUUUCCUAUAUACUUUAAUUUAUCUGGA